AUGGUUGGUAAAAAAAGUUGUUUCCGUUAUCCGUGGCGUCGUGCUUUUGCGGAUUGCAGUUUGCAGAUUUUCAGCGGUGGCGUUGCGCGUCGGUACAAAUACGUGUGUGUACUAAGAACAAUGAUAACCAAAAUGCAAUCACAAGCGAAUGUCGCUGUGCCACAAUCUGUCACAACGCAACCCCAAUCUCAGCAAAUUGUUGGUGUUGGUGUUCCUGCUAAUGCAGUAAUACUGAAAAUGUCCGACAUUCAGCAGAUAUCUACAGUCGGACUACUUGAAUUGGCACAUCGUGAGUACCAAGCUGGUGACUAUGAAAGUGCUGAACUACAUUGUAUGCAGUUGUGGAGACAAGAUGGCACAAAUACAGGUGUCCUCUUACUGCUGUCUUCCAUUCACUUUCAAUGCCGUAGGUUGGACAAGUCAGCCCACUUUUCCACAUUGGCUAUUAAACAGAAUCCUUUACUGGCUGAGGCAUACAGCAAUCUAGGAAACGUGUACAAGGAGCGUGGUCAACUUCAAGAGGCGUUGGAGAACUACAGGCAUGCUGUCAGACUCAAACCAGAUUUUAUCGACGGAUACAUCAACUUGGCGGCAGCCUUGGUCGCAGCAGGAGACAUGGAGCAGGCAGUGCAGGCAUAUGUCACCGCCCUUCAGUAUAAUCCCGACCUAUAUUGCGUAAGAAGCGAUUUGGGCAAUUUGCUUAAAGCGCUUGGACGACUAGACGAGGCAAAGCUGGGUUACGAUUGGUACGCAACUCACAUUCCCGCCACGAUGACACCAAACUUGCUGCAGGCUUGUUACUUGAAGGCAAUAGAAACAAGGCCGGAUUUUGCGGUCGCAUGGAGUAACUUAGGAUGUGUAUUUAACGCACAGAGUGAAAUUUGGUUGGCUAUUCAUCAUUUUGAGAAGGCGGUCGCCCUAGACCCAAAUUUUUUGGACGCCUAUAUCAAUUUGGGAAAUGUCCUUAAAGAAGCAAGGAUUUUUGAUAGGGCCGUGGCAGCGUACCUCAGAGCAUUAAAUUUAUCACCAAAUAACGCCGUCGUCCAUGGCAACUUGGCAUGUGUUUACUAUGAACAAGGAUUAAUUGAUUUGGCAAUCGAUACAUACAGGCGAGCCAUUGAAUUACAACCAAACUUCCCCGACGCUUAUUGUAAUCUAGCAAAUGCCCUUAAAGAAAAAGGACAAGUGGCUGACGCUGAAGAAUGCUACAACACAGCUUUACGACUGUGCCCGUCACACGCUGACUCACUCAACAACUUGGCGAAUAUCAAACGCGAACAAGGCUACAUUGAGGAAGCAACAAGGUUAUAUUUGAAAGCUUUGGAAGUGUUUCCGGAAUUUGCUGCUGCUCACAGCAAUUUGGCUUCAGUAUUACAACAGCAAGGCAAGCUAAAUGAAGCCCUUAUGCAUUACAAAGAGGCAAUACGCAUUCAACCAACAUUUGCUGAUGCGUAUAGUAACAUGGGUAACACGCUUAAAGAGAUGCAGGAUGUUGCAGGCGCUUUACAAUGUUACACACGAGCUAUACAGAUAAACCCUGCCUUUGCUGAUGCUCACAGCAAUCUUGCUAGCAUUCACAAAGAUUCUGGAAAUAUUCCCGAAGCUAUCCAGUCUUAUAGAACGGCUUUGAAGUUAAAACCAGACUUCCCUGAUGCAUAUUGCAAUUUGGCUCAUUGCUUGCAAAUCGUGUGUGAUUGGACCGAUUAUGAAGCACGCAUGAAGAAACUUGUUAGCAUUGUAGCCGAGCAACUUGAUAAGAAUAGAUUACCGUCAGUCCAUCCUCAUCAUUCCAUGUUGUAUCCGCUUACACAUGACUUUAGAAAAGCCAUCGCUGCUCGACAUGCAAAUUUGUGUCUCGAAAAAGUACAGGUUCUGCACAAACCACCAUAUAAAUUCCCAAGAGAAUUAACUGGACGCCUUCGCGUUGGUUACGUAAGCAGCGACUUUGGUAACCAUCCUACUUCUCAUUUAAUGCAGUCAGUUCCAGGUCUACAUGACCGAGCAAAGGUGGAAAUAUUCUGCUACGCAUUAAGCCCUGAUGACGGUACCACGUUCCGAUCUAAAAUCGCCAGAGAGGCGGAGCAUUUCAUUGACUUGUCACAAAUGCCAUGUAAUGGCAAAGCUGCCGACAAAAUAUACGGUGACGGUAUUCACAUUCUCGUCAAUAUGAAUGGAUACACUAAAGGAGCGAGGAAUGAAAUUUUUGCGCUACGACCGGCACCUGUACAAGUGAUGUGGCUCGGAUACCCGGGUACAAGUGGAGCUAGUUAUAUGGAUUAUUUGGUAACAGACGCUGUUACGUCGCCCUUAGAACUGGCGAGUCAGUAUAGUGAGAAGUUGUCUUACAUGCCACACACGUACUUUGUGGGCGACCACAAACAAAUGUUCCCGCAUUUACAAGAACGUUUGAUUCUUAGUGACAAGAUCAAGUCUCAUAAUAAUUUGGGAGGUGUUGCUGAUAACGUGGCAGUGAUUAAUGCCACUGAUUUAUCGCCUCUGGUCGAAAAUACGGAUGUUAAGGAAAUUAAAGAAAUUGUUAGAGCUGCGAGGCCCGUAGAGAUCUCUCUUAAAGUUGCUGAAUUACCGACUACUACACCUAUUGAAACCAUGAUUGCUUCUGGACAAGUGCAGACAUCUGUAAAUGGCGUUAUUUUACAAAAUGGCUUGGCGACAACACAAACUAAUAAUAAAGCGGCUACUGGAGAGGAAGUGCCCCAGUCUAUUGUAAUCACGACCCGACAACAAUAUGGCCUACCUGACGAGGCUGUGGUAUACUGUAACUUCAACCAGUUGUACAAAAUUGAUCCAUUAACACUACAUAUGUGGGUUUAUAUCCUGAAGCAUGUACCGAACAGUGUAUUGUGGCUGUUGAGGUUCCCGGCCGUCGGUGAGCCGAACCUUCAGAGUACUGCACAACAAUUAGGACUUCCCCCGGGUCGCAUUAUCUUCUCCAACGUGGCAGCUAAAGAGGAGCACGUUCGUCGUGGACAGCUAGCAGACGUGUGUCUGGACACUCCUUUGUGUAACGGGCACACUACUAGCAUGGACAUUUUGUGGACGGGUACACCUGUGGUCACGUUGCCUGGCGAAACUUUAGCAUCUAGAGUGGCAGCAUCUCAGUUGAACACCCUCGGCUGUCCAGAGUUAAUCGCCAGGACGAGACAAGAAUACCAAGAUAUAGCUGUAAGACUAGGAACUGAUAGGGAAUAUUUAAAAGCUAUUCGCGCGAAAGUGUGGACUGCGCGCACAGAUAGUCCUCUGUUUGACUGUAAAGCGUACGCUACCGGCUUAGAAAUGUUAUACAACAAGAUGUGGGCGAAGUACGCGAGGGGCGAGCGGCCCGAUCACUUGCAAGCUAUCGAUAAUAAAUAG